CCCCCCCCUCGAAUCGCACCGCUUUGCAUAUAUAGGUCCCUGCGACUGCCGUCCCUCGUCGGCACCAUCGACUGCACUCGCCAAACCCGCACCGCACGCUCUGUUCACAGGCCCCUCAUGUCGCCCCACAAGAUUCUUCCCGCCACCGCUGCCGCCGCCGCCUCCGGCGCUGAAAUCAUCGACAUCCGUCCAGCCUCUUUUGGCCUCUCGGACCUGUCUCCCGAAGGACUCGUCAAGAACAUCAUCAACGAGUUCAUGUCGCCCCGAGUGGUGUUCACCCACCCAGACACGGGCUCAGAGCACCUGAUCCGCAGCAUUCCCACAAUGGUUCUGUACGAUGACCUCGGCCUGGAAAUCUACGACAGGAUCACCAAUCUCGACGAGUACUAUCUCUUCAAUGCCGAGAUCGACAUCUUCAAGCGCCACGCCGAGGAGAUGAUCCUGAACUACAUCCAGGACGACUCGGUGCUGGUCGAGCUUGGUGUCGGAUCCAUGAGGAAAACAAAGUACCUCCUCGAUGCCAUCACAAAGCACCGCAAGAACAUCACGUACUAUGCCCUGGACUUGUCCGAGGCCUCGCUGCGCGAUUGCCUGACCCCCCUUUGCGCCGAAUACCCCGAGAUCCGCUUUGUCGGACUUCUUGGCACCUACGACGACUCGCUUCAGUGGAUCCGCGCAAACAUCCCCCAGACCGUCCACAAGAGCUUCCUGUGGCUUGGCUCAUCCAUCGGGAACUUUACUCGGGCCCAAGCCCGCGACUUUCUCAGCCGCGUGGCCAGCGCAGCCAUGAACGCCGGCGACGACUUUUUCUGCGGUAUCGACGGCCGCAACAAGCCCGAGGACGUCAAGCUAGCCUACGACGAUCCAAAGGGAGUCACGGCCGAGUUCAUUCUGAACGGAUUCGACCAUAUCAACAGACUCUUUGGGCGCAGGGUCUUUGAGCGAGACGCCUUCAGCUACCUCUCGAUCUACAACCGCCAUGAGGGCCGCCAUGAGGCAUACUACCAGUCCAAGGUCGAGCAGACCAUCGAUCUGCAGGACUCGAUCCAGGUACACCUGCAUCGCGGCGAGAUCAUCAAUGUUGAGUACUCGUACAAGUACUCGGACAGCGAGGUCUACAACGCUACCGCCGGCACCGGGCUCGCCCACGUCGAUCGCUGGAAAGAUUCCUCGGAUCGAUACAGUAUGUUUGUGUUCCAGAAGCCAUCGGUUGUGUUUUCUCCCGAGCCGCGGCUUUCAAACGGCAUCCCCGUGCUGGCCGAGUGGGAGUCUCUGUGGAAUGCCUGGGAUGUUGUUUCGACUACCAUGAUCCCGUCGGACCGAUAUCUCGAGGCCCCCAUUGCCCUCCGGCAUCCGUACAUAUUCUACCUCGGCCAUCUUCCUGGCUUCCUGGAUAUUCAGCUUUCCAAGGCCUUCAACUUGCCGCUGACUGAGCCCAAGUACUUUGCCACCAUCUUUGAGCGCGGAAUCGACCCCAUCGUCGACGAUCCCAGCCAAUGCCACUCGCACUCGCUCGUCCCGAACAGCUGGCCUGCUCUUGACGAGGUGCUCGCCUAUCGCGACCAAGUGCGCCGCAGAGCUCGCGAUAUCAUCUGCAAGCUGGCAGAUGCCCAAGAUACUGCAGUCGACAAGACUGCCGCCCGCGCCGUCUGCAUGUGUUUCGAGCACGAUGCCAUGCAUCUCGAGACCUUCCUGUACAUGCUCGUCCAGUCCGACCAUACUCUGCCGCCUGCUGGUAUUGUCAGACCAAAGCGGCUUGGACAGCAGCCCCUGGUUCCUCUUGCACCCGCUGCACUCGCACAGGUCUCCGCUGGACAGGUCACUCUGGGCACGCUCCACCGAGAACAGGACGACGGCAAUGCCGGCAGCAGCUUUGUCUUUGGCUGGGACAACGAGUCGCCCGAGCUGACCGUCCAAGUCGACGGAUUCUCUGUGCAGAAUCGCCCUGUGGCUGUGCAGGAGUACUACAAGUUCUGGUGCGCCCAAGGCAAGCCUGAGAGCCUGCUUCCAAAGUCCUGGACCGACGACGGUGCGGCAGUCAAAACGGCGCUUGGCCCCGUUCCCAUCCACGCAGACGGAGAGGACGCCAACGGACCAGCCAGCCGCUGGCCUGCUUACGUCUCCUUUGAUCAAGCCGACGCCUAUGCCAAAUCCAUUGGGGGAAGCCUGCCUUCGGAGGAGCAGAUUGCUCGUAUUCGCCAGUGCGUCGACAAGACCACCAAGGGCACAUCGCCAGCCCGACCAAGGAACAGUGGCUUUGUCGAGUGGACGCCGGUCGAUGUCGAAACCCCAGCCGACCCGGACUCGGUCUCUCAGAUCGACGACAAUGGCUGGGAGCUCACCCGCACACACUUCAGGCCUUUCCCGGGUUUUGAGACGAGCAAGCUGUACCCAGGAUACUCGUCAGACUUUUUUGACGAUCACCACUUUGUCGUGCUGGGUGCCUCCUGGGCCACCGUUCCGACAAUCGCCAGCCGCAAGACCUUCCGCAACUGGUACCAACACAAUUACCCCUAUGUCUUUGCCAAGUUCCGAGUCGUUGUCUGAGCAGAUGAAUCAGCAACCGGGGGAGGCGGCCAACGCAUGCGAGAAUACACUUGGGCUCCGAUGAGGUCCUCCUCAGUCCCGAAAGACCAUUACUGUGAUUCUCGAGGAUGGGAGCAACCCAGAACCAACCGGAUUGUGGGUGGUACUGGUACUGG